CUUCAGCUUCACUUCGACCCUAUGUUCAUAUAUAUAAGGCUGAAACACCACUAAGAUAGCGUUUAUAACGAUUUUCUACCAUCACGGUGCGCGACAGAGGCCACUUCUGGACAGGACGAUACAAUAAAAAUUGACAAUUUUUGAAUUCAUAUUAUGGGGGACGUCGUUGACUGUAAUUUUCCCGUCUGGGGACUAUUACCGAAGAAAGAAACUGGAGUUAACCAGUAUCUGAUUAAAUAUCCCGAGUACGAUGGUAGAGGUACCGUUAUUGCUAUCUUCGAUUCUGGAGUCGACCCUGGUGCUCCUGGAUUGCAGGUGACUAGUGAUGGAAAACCAAAGAUUAUAGCCCGAUUUGACUGCAGUGGAAAUGGAGACGUGGACACUAGCACAGUUGUACAUUCAGAAGAGGGAUACAUUAUUGGACUCACCGGUCGCAAACUCAAACUGCCAUUCAACUGGAAAAAUCCAUCUGGUGAUUACCAUGUCGGUGUCAAAGAAGCUUUUCCCCUUUAUCCAGCAAAGUUGCGUGAAAAAAUAAUAGCGGAACGGAAGAAAAAAUAUUGGGACGAUGGACAGAAAGCAGCAGUUGCGGAAGCCGCUCGAAAGCUCCAGGAAUUUGACGCGAAAAAUCCUAAUCCAACGAGUGUCCAGGAUAAAUUGACCAGAGAGGAAUUGGAGGCUCGGCUUGAGGUGCUUCAAAAUGGGGAGAAGAAGUAUCACGAUGCGGGACCUACUUACGACUGCGUUGUCUACCACGAUGGCGACAGUUGGAGAGCGUGCAUUGAUACGUCUGAGGAGGGAAACCUUGAAAAUGGUAUUCAUCUGGGGGAAUACUCUCUCACGCAGGAGUAUGCUCCUCUGACUCAGCAGGAUCAGCUGAAUAUAUCUGUGAAUAUUCAUAACAAUGGAAACGUUCUUGAAAUUGUUGGAGUAUGCGCAAGUCACGGGACGCACGUGGCGUCAAUAGCAGCGGCCAACUUUCCCGAGAAUAAAGAACUGAACGGCAUUGCCCCCGGGGCUCAAAUAAUCUCGUUGACAAUCGGCGAUAAUCGCAUCGACCCUAUGGAGACUGGAACUGGUCUCGUUCGUGCAAUGGUUUGGAUAAUGAAGAACAACAAAAAAGUGGACGUAAUAAACAUGAGCUAUGGUGAACAAUCCCACUGGUCCAACACAGGAAGGAUCAUCGAGUUGAUGAACGAAGUUGUCGAUAAAUACGGAGUGACUUGGGUGGCAGCAGCAGGAAACUUUGGCCCAGCUUUAUGCACAAUCGGCACACCUCCAGACAUCAAUACCAUGAACAUAAUAAGCGUCGGUGCAUACGUAUCCCCAGAUAUGAUGGUCGCGGAAUAUUCUCUUCGUGAAAAAAUGCCAGGUAUGCCAUACACGUGGUCCUCACGAGGGCCGAUGAUAGACGGUGGUACUGGAGUGACUGUUUGUGCACCUGGUGGAGCAAUAACAAGUGUUCCAAAUUUCACACUUCGUCAGAGUCAACUUAUGAAUGGUACCAGUAUGGCGAGUCCACACGUCGCUGGAGCAAUUGCCCUUCUUAUCUGUGGCUUGCGUGACAAAGGGUGUCCUUUCUCACCUUUCAGCAUCAAACGAGCCCUCGAAAAUUCCGCCCAAUAUAUAGAUACACUAGACUCAUUUGCCCAGGGAUCUGGUCUACUCCAGGUGGAGCGGGCUUUUGAGAAUCUCGUGGCGAAUUGUCAGGCAAUCGAGAGAGACGUCAGAUUUUCCAUAAACUGUGGUAGCAAUAAUUCAAAGGGUAUUCAUCUCAGAACAGGUGUUAUUGAUAGACCCAAGGAUUGUGCGGUAACUGUUGAGCCUAUUUUCCUUGACACUGAGAAUGUCGAUGCAUCGCGAAAAAUUAAUUUCAAUCUCCGACUUUCGCUAGUCUGCGAUGCAUCAUGGGUGCAAUUCCCGUCGCACUUUGAAUUGAUGCACAUGUCUCGAGCUUUUACGGUCAGAAUUGAUGCUGCCAAACUGAAUGACGGUGUACAUGCCACUAAUAUUCGGGCCUACGAUGUUACCAAUGUUGAAAAAGGACCGGUAUUUACUAUUCCCGUUACAGUUGUGCAACCCCUGGUGAUUUCAAAGACAAUGAAUCUACCGGAUUUGCAUUACAAUCAUAUUUUGUUCAGGCCUAAUACCAUCACUCGCCACUUUAUUCUGGUACCCGAGGACGCAACGUGGGCUGUUAUCAAGCUCAAGAGCCAUGAUAAAGAAAAAACUGGGAGGUUUGCAAUACAGGCUGUACAGUUAAAGCCACGAAUGGCAUCUCGAACUCUCCAGAUUAAUAAAAUGAUAAAUAUUACCUCACAGUCUGAAACUGUUCAAGGUUUUGCGGUUCAAGGGGGGUUGAUUCUCGAAGUUGUUGUUGCGAAAUAUUGGGCCAACCUUGGGGAAAUUUGUAUUGAUUAUUCGAUUGAAUUUCAUGGAAUACAUGUUAUCGAUGGGAAUGUUACAAUGCAAUCGGGCGAUGGAAUUCAUCGAAUGGAGCUUCGUAGUUCCCUCAGGAACGAGGAAAUUGUACCGAGCGUAACGUUGAAAUCACUGGUUCAGGUGCUACGGCCUUUUGACUCAAAAAUAGUGCCCUUGGGGGAGAGGGAUAUUAUUCCACCGGCGCGUCAAAUUUACGAGCUACAGUUGACGUAUACAUUCCACAUCGCUAAGGCAACUGAAGUUACACCCAAUGCUGCUUUCCUCAGUGAUCUCCUUUACGAGAGCGAAUAUGAAAGCCAGCUGUGGAUGCUUUAUGACACUAAUAAACAGCUUUUGCACUGUGGAGAUGCUUUUCCGUGGAAGUACACUAUUAAGAAGCUGGAGAAGGGAGAUUACACCCUGAAAAUGCAUGUCCGUCAUGAGAAGAAGGAGUUAUUGGAAAAACUUCUGGACAUGGCGAUUCUGUUGAAUCAGAAGUUGGGAAAUAUCAUUAAUUUGGAUGUUUACGCUAAUCACUCACAGGCGAUAAUUUCGGGGAAGAAAAUGGUCGCCGCUACUGUACCCCCAGGGCAUAUUCUUCCGGUCUAUAUUGCACCGAUGAAUAAUGAACAUAACAGCUCAGAAUGCAAAGUAUCAAAGGGCGCAACACUGGGAACCUAUCUACAGGGCUCAGUGACCUUUUGCAAAGACGAGGCGCGGAAAAAAAUUGAUUGUUACACCUUCAAAUACGUUCUAUCUGAGCCAGCUAAAAAGGUACCACAAGCGGUGAAGUCAGACGACGAAAAGGUCAGCAAAUGGGAAGAGUAUCAGGAUACACUGAGAGAUAUGAAGUGCACAUGGCUGGCAAAAUUAGCUCCAUCGAUCAAGGCGACAGAACAUGCAACGGCUCUGUACAACGAGCUCCGAACUACUUAUCCUGAGCAUUUACCUGUCCACACUGCCAUGUUGACGUCCCUAGACUCUCCAGAAGCUAGACGAAUACUUCCCCACGAUGAUCUAAGCGAAAGUGCUAUAAGUUUUUCCGAUCAAAUAAUCGAUGUUGCUGACAAAGUUAUUUCUGCAAUCGAUCAAGAAAAGUUAUUGGCAUUCUAUGGUAUGAAACACGAUCAGAGGCCCGAUGCUUUGAAAAUCAAAUCAACGAUGGAUAAACAAAAGAGUUUGUUGAUCGAGGCAUUAGUGAAAAAAGGCUGUGCUUAUUCAAGAUUAUAUAUUCAUACGCGUAAGAGGGGUGAGACUGAAGCUGCCAUGCAUCUGUCAACCGUAACGCAAAUUUGGAAUGAUGUACAGAAAUACGCUGAAGCCACAGAUAACAAGGUUCUGAUCCUGUCGUUAUGGCACGCGCACAUUAACAAACACUAUGGACGUUAUCUGAAACUCUUAUUACGUUUUUACGAAGACAAACCACUCAGGGAUAUUGACGAGAAAUUCGUUGAAAUUACGAAAACUAUUGGCUGGGAUCACUGGGCAAAGCACAUCAGUGGAAGUAUACCAACGCGUCAUUCUAAGGCAUACAGGCCAUUUUGAAAUGUGAUUCAAUAAUAAUAUCAUUCAUAUUUUCUAAAAAAAAAAACUAACAAUAACCUGGGUAAGAUGGAUAUACGUUUUGCUGAAGUGAAACAUCUUUCUCACAAGGUCGGUAACAAAGAAAAAAUCUUUUCCAUUAUUUUCAAAUGCACGAUGCACAAUUGUGCAAUGUCACCAUCAAUUCACUUAACCUUUUAAUUGUAUUUAACAAGUUCGAUGAAAUUCAUCAGAGAACUCGUACGGUGCCCCCUUCCCUAAAACGAUCUACGGUGUUUUAAAACAACACGCGAAGAGGUUCAACUUCAACAAUUACGCAAGAUUGGUAGAUGCGAGGGACACAAGCUCCUGAAGAACUCCAAUCGCUGUUUCUAUUAAGUAGAUUUGAUUUGUCGGAAUCAUGAUUUUUAAAACCAUUUCGUCGACGAUGAGUUUUCCUUGAGUAAAACGUGUGCAAUUGUCCUGAUCAAUUGCUUCUAAAAUAUCAUGGACAUUGGAUCGAUUACAUGAUCCUGCGACCUUUAACUCGCGAAAUAUAAAUUUUGUAAACAAUUUUGAAAUACUAAUACCAAUCACAAUUUUUGAAACGGAACACCACAUCAUUGUUUAAGAGAUGUAAACCUCAUGGAAAUGGAUUAAAAAUUUUCUUGGAUUAUUUUUAUGAAAAUGACUGAUUCGAGGAGCAUCAGAACAAUUGACGAAUAAAAAUGAAACCUGA